AUGGCCACUUUACUAUCUGCUUCUGCAUCCCCUUCUACAACCCAUUCUGUCCCUAUUCAACCACCAGAACUUAAGCCUAGAUGGUUUCGGGCAAUAGACAUUCCAAUAAGAGAUGACACUCCUUUCAAGUAUCAACCAGUCGGAUAUGUGGCUAAGCCAGCAUCACAAUGGGAACCACUUUCCAUGCAUGACUCCAAUGCCAUUGAAGGAAUCUAUCAAAAACUAGUCAAGAAAUCUAUUGGAGGCACACGCAAUAUGAAUGGACUUUCUCCUGUUCGUCAAAAAGAGCGUAUCACACCCAAAAAAGACAACUGCAUUAUUGGGGGAGAGGAUAAUCUGUAUGAGAUUGACGUUGAAAAUUUAGAAAUCUACCCAGGCAAGUUGUAUGGCUUUAUAGAUUUGCUUAUACUGGUAUAUGUAUCAGUGUUUUGGUCAGGACCAACAUAUGAAAUUCGUCGUGGUACCUGGUUUGCUCCAACAGGAGCUGGAUCUUCAUACCAACCUUGUGAUGAAAAUUUAUCCCGGCAGUUGGAAGACGGAUAUAGGAAAUACAUUCCAUGGGUGCCUGCGGGAGCAUCUAAUAUACCUACAGUUCCUACUUCACUAUCAUCUACUGAGGAUGCUUCUAUUUUGUCCAACAAGCCAGAAACCAGAUGGGCUCUUUUUGGGCCAUACAUGAAUCAAUAUGUUGUAUAUGCAAGUUCUACAUCGGCAUGGCUUCAAUCCGAUAUGCUUACAAGCAAGCUUACUAGAGCAGUGACCAACAGUUCUGGAAUGAAAUUGGUUCGUAGUUGGAGCGAGGUUUGCAAACUCACUGCUAAAAGUCGAUUGGCCAAUACAGCUCGAACAAUUAGGCGAGGAAGCAAGGCAGAUUUAAACCAGCAAGCUCCUGCCACUUCCACAGAUGGAAAAUCUAUUCCAGACUUAGUGCCGACAAAGGCGUCUGAGCAAAUACCAACGGAAGAGGAUUUAGAGGAAGAAACAUAUACUGAGCGCCAAGUGGAUCAUCUUGUUUUUGUUAUUCAUGGAAUUGGACAAAAGCUUAGCGAAAGAGUUGAUGCCGUAAACUUCCCUCAUGAUUGUGAUAUCCUUAGAAAAGCAAUCAAGGCUUCUGCCAAGCAGUUUCACGAUCAGAUAGCUGUUCUCAAAAAUCAAGAUCCAAAGAUAAUUCCCGCAGGAAGCGGUGUUCAAGUUCUUCCUAUCCAAUGGCGACAAAACAUUGAUUUUAGCAUGCGAAAACCGGAAGGCGAGACACCAGGAGAUGAAGCAGAAUUGACACUUGAUGAUAUUACUUUGGAUGGUAUACCAAGUAUUCGAAUGCUUGUUUCGGAUGUUAUUAUUGAUGUUUUGAUGUAUCUUACUCCCAAAUACAGGCAAGAGAUGAUUCGGCAAGUUACCACAGAGUUGAAUCGUGUAUAUCACAAGUAUUUAGAAAGAAAUCCUACGUUUUCUGGGGAAAUAUCACUGUAUGGUCAUUCGCUUGGAAGCAUUUUGGCAUACGAUAUCAUGAGCCAUCAACACAUGUCUAGGCCGCUUGAUGGUAAAGAUGAUAAAGCUCCCAAACACGAGGUUGAUCUUAGCGAUCUUUUAGCCAAAACAGUGCAGAAUGGUCGCAUUUCUGGCUUGAUAGAAUCAGUGGAUACGCUGGAGUACGAGCCUCUAGAUUUUCGUGUGAAUGCAUUGUUUGCAUUGGGAUCACCAAUCGGAGUGUUUUUACUAUUGCGUGGAAAUCAUAUUGGUGCAUUUGAGGGUGCUGAAACGUCACUGGCAGAUCCUCGAUGUUCGCGACCAGACGUCAAAUCCCUCUACAACAUUUUUCAUCCAUAUGAUCCGGUUGCUCAUAGGAUUGAACCGCUUGUCAUAAAGUCUAUGUCCUACCUCAAACCUGUUUCUAUUCCAUAUACCAAGGGUGGCAUCACGGAGACAAUCUAUGGUAUUCAAGAUCUUGGAACCGGUAUUGUGGAGCGCGGUCGAAACAUUAUUGAGUCGGUUCGUAUGGGACUGUUUACUAGGUUUUCCACAACAGCUGAGAUGGUGAACCAAGCAGGCCGUGCAAUUAACAUGGUUGGAUUUUCGCCAAGUGCAUCACAGAGCCAAAUGGUAGAAGUACCAGUGCCAGUAACGACUGGAACGGCUCAUGUUCCUGAUGCGGGGAGUUUAGCACAACAGUCACAACCCAUCCGAGACAAUGCUAAUCCAUUGUCACUAGAUGAAAAACCAUCUCAAAAGUUUGAAAUGACAACUCCUCAGCGAGCCUCGAAUACUAAUUUGAAAGGUGCUGCUUUGUCAGCAUCUGAGCGUACCACAGCGCUUUCACCCCAAAGAAUUGCCGAGCGGGUUAGUAAUGCAACGAAAGCAGCAGCACAAAAUGCAGAUUUACGCUUAUUGAACCCAAGUGGUAGACUCGAUUAUACUCUUCAAGAAGGUGUAUUAGAGAAUCCAUACUUGUCAUCUCUUGGUGUACACAUGAGUUACUGGGAUGAUACAGACUGUUCCAUGUUUAUCUUAAAGGAGCUUUAUGGCAUUCCUUCUAUACCGAUUCCUAGAACCAAUCCUUCUGAAUCUGCAUCAGUUGCCCCAACUGAAACCAAAUGAAGCUGAUUUUAUAAACU